AUGCCCGCUGUAACAUCUGGCAAGGUCCUCGUCACCGGAGUGAACGGCUUCGUCGCUGUCUGGGUCGCCAAGACGCUCCUCGACGCCGGCUUCUCCGUGCGCGGCACCGUCCGCUCGGAGAGCAAGGCGGGCCACCUCCGCACGCUCUUCGCCUCCGCGGGCGACAAGUUCGAGGUUGUCAUCGUCGAUGACAUCACCAAGGAAGGCGCAUUCGACGCGUACGUCGGUGACGUCGUCGCGAUCGCGCACACUGCUUCGCCCUUCCACCUGAAGGCUGUCGAGCCCGACGAACUCAUCGUCCCCGCCUUGCAGGGCACGCUCAGCGUCCUGCGCUCCGCGCGCGCGCACGCGCCCAACCUGCGCCGCGUGAUCGUGCUGUCCUCGGUCGCCGCCGUCGUCCGCAAGAACCCGAACCCGGCGGAGACGCUCGUGCUCGACGAGGCGAGCUGGAAUGAGGAGGACAUCGUGACGGUGCGCGAGCAGGGCGCGGCCGCUCCUGCGGUCGCGAAGUACACCGCGAGCAAGACCCUUGCGGAGCGCGCGGCCUGGGACUUUGUCGAGAAGGAGAAGGCGGCGGGCGGGCUGGGCUGGGAUCUGGUGACGCUGUGCCCGCCCUAUGUGUUCGGGCCGGUCCUGCACGAGGUGGCGAAGCCGGAGCUCCUGAACACCUCUGCGCAGCUCUGGUACUUUGUGGUGGUGAAGAGCAUGUUCGACAACGAGACGCUCGCGACCAACGGGGGAUCGUACGUGGACGUGCGGGACAUCGCGCAGACGCAUGUGCAGGCGCUUCUGAAGCCUGAGGCUGCUGGCAACCGUUUCCUGGUCAGCUCAAGAGAGUUCAAGUUCCAGGACUUCGUGUCCGCCGCCCACAAGAUCGAGCCUACGCUGCCCGCAGGCAACACCUCUUACGACCCGUCGCAGGCAAAGUUCGAAGUUGCGUACGACAACACCAGGGUGAAGACGGUGCUUGGCGUCAAGUUCCGCGCGAUGGAAGAGACGACGAAGGACACGCUCGAGGACUUCAAGGUGCACGGGUGGCUGUAG